UAAACAACUUUGAGCGUGGCAUGUGUUACAGGUCCCAGGCAAGGAGACUGGGUAAUAAACUUAAAUUCCUGAAAAGACAGGUGAAAUAAAAGGAGAGUUUGACACAGCAGCUUCUCUCGUAAGCAACUUUGAGCGUGGCAUGGUUGUUGGUGCCAGAUGGGCUGGACCCGUCCCUCUGUCCACCCUGGCGUUUCCUUGUUUCGAUGGCAUUUAUCUUCCAAAGCAAGAAAAUAAAUUCGUGCAUCACGUCAAGAAUGACCUGGAAAUAUACAAACAGAAAAGCAACGGCAGGAGCGUGCUCCUGUUCCCCACUCUACCCAGCAGGCUGCGAUACCUGAUCCAUAGGACCAUAGAGGACCUGCCAGAGCUCACCACCUUCUCAGUAGGGGAGAGCUGGUGCCGUAGGGUGGUGGUCUGCCAUUCUGAGCUCAGGGGUGAAGUAGAGGAAGACAGUGGCUGGGAGAGCAACAACGGCCUGUGUGAGGAUCACCUAAGAAGCGGGGAGGAGACGGAUGGCAACACAAAGCCUAAAUCUUCGAUCCCAUCGCGAAGCCGAGGACCUAAGAGGCCGGACAAACCCCUUUACAUGCCACGAGUUGCCCGGGAGAGACUGUCCUUACAAAACUCACACGGACCCUCAGGAGACAAAGAGUUGCCCAGUCCAGCCUCAAGUAGCUGUAGCUGCCUCGGCAGUCAAUCGGACUCUUGUUUCUGUCCCGAAACUACAGAAAAGACAAAGUCCUCAUGCACAUCCAGGCAGGAAUGUGUCCCCAGUGUAGCAGAGGGUGUCUUCAACCCUGUUGCUGACAGUUCAGCACUUUGUCCUCAGGAGGAGAAACAAAAGGUGGUGCAUGAAGCUGAGCCCCUAGUUUGGGUACAGACCGUGUCCUGCUUCAGUGACAUGACUCUGGAGGAGGAUGAGAAGGGCAAGGAAGACCUAUGCACAGACACCGAUGAUGUAACUGAAGAGAUCAAGGCACAUCUGAAAGAGACAGUAACUGUUUCCAUUCAGCACGUUGAGAAUGACUACUCCUCUUAUGAGACUGUGUGCAUCGGCCCGGAGACGUUUCCCCACGUGAUCGAGAUCUACGGCUUCCCACAGUGUUUCAAAACCGAUGACCUCAUGGAUGCUUUCACAGACUACAGUGAUGGUGGAAUGAAGAUCGAGUGGGUAGAUGACACACAUGCCCUGGGGAUUUUCUCCAGUGAGACGGCAGCACUCCAUGCCAUGUCCAUCUGCCAUCCAAUGCUGAAGGCAAGAGCACUGGCUCAAGCGAGUAAAAAAGCCAAAGGCAAGGCCAUCAAACGGGCAGAGUUUAUCCAGCCAGUGAAGGAACGUCCUAGGACAGACUGUGCUGUUGCCAGGCGGAUGGUGACCAGAGCCCUGGGGCUGCAGGGACGAGGCAGAGUGCAGCAAUACUGAAGGGCAUAGCCAACGCUGUUGGCUAACACAGACCGGUCCAGCAGAGGUCUGCCUCCAUUCAUUGGCCCUGCGUAGAGACUCCACAGUGGCCACAAACUGCUAGCUGAUCAUGAAGAGUAGGACUGCCGUCCUGCACUGUUUGCCUGCUUCACUGAUCGGUGAAUGCGUUUAUGUGGUGAAGGAGGAGACUGCCACCCAUCUGCAAACUCCAGCCUGCUGAAGUGUCCCUGACGCUGGUGGCGAUUCAAUCGACUCAAAGUUGCUGUUCUAUAGCUGAACCUGACCACAUUAUUGUUUUGGUUCCUGUUGUUCACCGUUAGAUCACUAAUUGUAAAACAAAGCUAAAUUAUGAAAGGGGCUAAUGCAAAUGGUGAUUUCAUAUAGAAAA